AUGCCGCGCAAGGCCAUUGAUUCGCGGAUCCCCGCGCUGAUUCGAAAUGGCGUCCAGGAGAAGAAACGCAGCUUCUUCGUCGUGGUGGGCGAUCGCGCAAAGGAUGUUAUUGUCAACCUGUACCACAUUAUGUCCACCGCCGAUGUCAAGCAGAAUAAAUCCGUUCUAUGGGCCUACAAGAAAGAUCUGAUUGGCUUCACCAGUCAUCGCAAGAAGCGCGAGGCUAAAAUAAAGAAGGAGAUCAAACGUGGAAUCCGCGAGCCCAAUUCCGAGGACCCGUUCGAGCUGUUUUUAAGUCUGAAUCAGAUUCGAUACGUCUACUACAAGGAAACAGAGAAGAUUCUGGGAAACACAUAUGGCAUCUGCAUCUUGCAAGACUUCGAAGCCGUUACCCCGAAUCUGCUGGCCAGAACAAUCGAAACCGUUGAAGGAGGAGGCAUGGUGAUACUCCUUCUCAAAGGAAUGAGCAGUUUGAAGCAACUUUAUACUCUUUCUAUGGAUAUUCACUCCCGCUAUCGUACCGAAGCUCAUGACGAUGUGGUGGCCCGAUUCAAUGAGCGCUUCAUCUUGUCGCUGGGCAGUUGUGACUCAUGUUUGGUUGUGGAUGAUGAGUUGAAUGUGCUGCCCAUCUCUGGCGGAAAGAAUGUCAAGCCACUUCCGCCACCAGACCCUAGUGAAGAGGGAAAUUCGGCAUCAAAGAAAGAAUUGCAAGAGAUCAAAGAUAGUCUAAUCGAUACGCAGCCAGUAGGAUCAUUGGUCACGCUUGCAAAAACUGUUGAUCAAGCAAAGGCACUGUUGACAUUCGUCGAUGCAAUCGCCGAGAAGACUCUGCGGAAUACUGUGACCUUGACUGCUGGUCGAGGGCGAGGCAAGUCUGCUGCUUUGGGUGUUUCUAUAGCGGCUGCUGUGGCACACGGCUACAGCAAUAUUUUCAUCACAUCCCCAAGCCCGGAGAACUUGAAGACGUUGUUCGAGUUUGUGUUCAAAGGAUUUGAUGCCCUGGGAUACUUGGAUCACGUCGACUAUACUAUUCUCCAGUCGACGAACCCAGCAUUCAACAAGGCUAUUGUUCGAGUCAACAUCCACCGAAAUCACCGCCAGACCAUACAGUAUAUUCAACCCCAGGAUGCCUAUGCUCUUGGUCAGGCAGAGCUUUUGGUUAUCGAUGAAGCUGCUGCAAUCCCGCUACCAUUGGUUCGAAAACUCAUGGGGCCAUAUCUGGUUUUCAUGGCCUCAACCAUCAAUGGUUAUGAAGGUACUGGCCGGUCACUGUCAUUGAAGCUCAUUCAACAGCUCCGGGAGCAGAGCCGUGGCGCAAGUCUGAAAGAUGCUGAUACAGAUAUUGCUGAUCGUGCAACUGGAAAGUCGACAAGAAAUUCCGAGAAAGCGAUCGGUGGCCGAUCUCUUAGAGAGAUAACUCUCUCUGAGCCUAUCCGAUAUGCUGCUGGGGAUCCUGUAGAGAAAUGGCUCAACAAGGUGCUUUGCCUGGACGCAACUCUUCCGAAAUCGAAAUUAAACACUCAAGGAUGUCCUCAUCCGUCUCAGUGCCAGCUACUCCAUGUCAAUAGAGAUACGCUGUUUUCAUUCCACCCCGUCUCCGAGAAGUUUCUGCAACAAAUGAUGGCGUUAUACGUGGCUAGCCACUACAAGAACUCGCCAAACGAUCUCCAGCUAAUGAGUGACGCUCCUGCCCAUCAGCUCUUCGUUCUAGUCCCACCAAUUGACGAAGAUGCCGCCAAAUUGCCAGAGCCUCUGUGUGUGAUACAAGUCGCUCUGGAGGGCCGUAUCAGUAGGGAAAGUGUUAUGAACAGCCUCAGCAGAGGACAGCGGGCUGGUGGUGAUCUUAUUCCAUGGUUGGUCAGCCAACAAUUUCAAGACGAAGAUUUUGCCGGGCUGUCAGGAGCGCGUGUAGUUCGCAUUGCUACAAAUCCGGAGUACCUGAACAUGGGAUACGGAUCCAGAGCACUUGAGCUUCUCGUAGACUUCUACGAUGGGAAGUUCACCAAUCUCUCCGAGGACGCUUCCUAUCCCUCGGAUGAGAUGGUCCGAAUAACGGAUGCCGAACUUGAAAACGCAAAUUUGUUACAGGACAAUGUUCAAGUACGGGAUAUUCGCUCUAUGCCACCGCUGUUCGGAAAGCUGUCAGAACGAAGACCAGAUUCACUUGAUUAUGUCGGAGUCAGCUACGGAUUGACCCCGUCAUUGCACAAAUUCUGGAAGCGAUCUUCCUUUGCCCCAGUUUACCUUCGCCAAACUGCUAAUGAGUUGACCGGCGAACACUCUUGUGUCAUGCUACGAGCAUUAGCUGCAGGAUCGAACGACAUCAGUUGGUUGAGUGCAUACGCAAGGGAUUUCCAUAAACGAUUUCUCUCGCUUCUGUCUUAUCAAUUCAAGGAGUUCCCAUCUGUUUUGUCUUUGAGUAUCUGCGAAUCUGCUACGGCAGGCUCCAAGUCGGAUCCUUCAUUCUCGCCAUUACCAUUAACCAAGGCCACACUUGAUGGUGCUUUCUCUCCCUUUGAUCUUAAACGCCUUGAUAGCUACGCAAACAACAUGCUUGAUUACCAUGUAAUCCUAGACAUGGUCCCCAUAGUCGCUCAAUUCUACUUCUUUGGCGGCCUACAGGGAAAAGUUAGCCUGUCUGGCGUCCAGCAGUCUAUUCUCCUUGGAGUUGGUCUCCAGCGCAAGGAUAUGGACAGCUUGGAGAAAGAGUUGAACCUACCUGCGAGUCAGCUUCUCGCUAUGUUUAUCAAGAUCAUCCGAAAAAUCUCUACGCAUUUCCGUAGUUUGCUGGAAGGUGCUGUAGAGGCAGCUCUCCCCGAAAGAUCUGCUGUUGCCGAUGUAUCUACUGCCCAUGACGAUGUCACCGAUGACAAAUUCCAACCUCUUGAAGUCGAUUUGGACGAGGAGCUCCGAGAAGGAGGGGAAGAAAUCGACCAGGAAAUGAAGGAAAAACAGCGAGCUCUGAUAGAUUCUCUGCCUCUUGAUCGAUAUGAAAUCAAUAACGGUCCGACAUCAUGGGACAAUGCUGAAAAACAAAUUCGCCAGGGCGGAGCAUCUACUGUGAGCAUCAAGAGCACAAAGCAACAUAAGCGUAAGGCAGGCGACACCGCGCGAGAAAUAUACGACCAGGAAGUGGAAUCCAAAAUCCGAAAGAAGGUCAAGAAAGGGACGGAGGGUAAAAAGAAAUAA